UUUUAACCCAAAAUCGGUAUAUAAGCUAAUCAAGGUAUUUCUUCAUUCAUUUUCAAUUUUCGUAGAAACAUGAUACCCAUUUUCGUUUUUGUAUCUUGCAUCUGUGGCUUCAAUGCACAGCAAUUUGGACAAGGGCAGUUUCCAGGCCAACAAGGCCAAUUUCCAGGCCAACAAGGCCAAUUUCCAGGCCAACAAUUUGGACAACAAGGUCAAUUUCAAAACCAGCAAUUUGGACAACAAGGACAAUUUCCUGGCCAGCAAUUUGGUCAGCAAGGACAGUUUCCAAACCAAUUUGGUCAGCAAGGAAUAAUAGGCCAAAAUGGAUUUCAGAAUCAAAUUCCCGGACAGUUUGGUCAGCAAGGAUUUAAUGGAGUAAAUAAUUUUGCACAAAAUCAACAGUUUAUUCAACAAAGUGUUGGUAAUCCAAACAGUUGUCAUGUAAGAGGAUGUGGAAUAGGGCAACAAUGUGUUUACAGAAGUAACGUGGGUCUGCCUUACAUAUGUCCUACAUGGAUUCCAGUCCUCCCAUGUCAAUGUAUUCCUGGCUGCAGGGCCCAAAAUCAGUUUAUACAAGUUGGACAAACAAAACAGAUCGACACCUGCGGUAAUAGAUGUACUUGUAAUACACAAAAUGGACAGGCGUCGUGUACACAGAUUGCUUGUAAUCAAGCCAGUCCUGGAACACAACCACAAACUAUUGGCACAAUUCCAGGUGUUGUCCCAGGGGCUAUUCAGGGAGGUAUUCCUGGUGCCAUUGGUGGUAUUCCCGGUGCCAUCGGUGGUGUGCCUGGUCAGGUCGGAGGUAUACUUCCAGGUGGUAUACAAGGUGGGCCACAGGUUCCAAUCGGAAAGAAAAAAUAAAUUUAAAACCAGAACGGAAAGUACCACGUAUAUCGAAUUGAGUUAAUUCAAGAGCUAGCCAUGGAGUAUUAAUACAUAGUGUAUACAGAAUAUAUGAGCAGAGAGAAUGAAAAAAACCCAACACAGUUGUAUAAUAUGAUACAAAAGUCCCAUAAUAUAAUUUGCUUUUUAUACUUUCAUCUAAAGUUUACUUUGUUGUAUAAAGUAUUGUAUAUAUUGAAUUGUUUGAUCAUUUGAUUUUAAACAGAAAAAAAACCCUGUUUUUCAAAAUCAUUUUAAUAAAAAAAAAUGUGAAAUUAAGUUUUAUAUUUAUAUCUGA